AUGCCUCGAAUACCACCCGUGUCGCCGGCGACAGAAAAACCAACAAAAUCAUUUUAUAUUCAUACACUUGAUGGCAACUUCGUAGACAACUCUGGUCGCACACUUCUCCUGCGCGGCGUAAACCUCUCGGGUUCGUCCAAAGCUCCUGUUGGUGAACCGUCUUAUUUGCGCGACGAGCUUUGGGAAUCGGGCGAAAGUGGUAAUGGAUCGUUCAUAGGCAGACCUUUGUCACUAGAAGACGGCUCGGCCGAUGUCCACCUUGCUCGCCUCAAGGGCUGGGGUUUCAAUGUCUUACGCUACCCGAUCGCAUGGGAGGCCCUGGAGCACGAGGGACCGGGAAAAUACGACUAUGAGUUUAUGGACUACACAAUAAGAGUUCUCCGGAAAUGUAAAGAAUAUGGCUUCAAAGUGUAUAUUGAUCCUCACCAAGAUGCCUGGUCCCGUUUUUCUGGUGGCUCUGGCGCGCCUUAUUGGACCCUUCUGGCCUGUGGCAUGAAUCCUCGCAAUUUCACUGCAACCCAAGCCGCAAUUCUUCACUCCGAAUACCCCGUAGCCCACAAGCCAAAACCGGAGUCACUACCUGCAAUGAUUUGGGGAACUAAUUACGGACGCCUCGUGUCGCAAACUAUCUUUACACUUUUCUUCGCUGGGAAGGACUAUGCUCCAAAAUGUAUUAUCGACGGUCAAAAUAUCCAAGACUAUCUCCAGUCUCAUUUCAUCGCGGCUUUUGGAGCCCUAGCAGACCGAAUACGUGAUGCGGGUGAUUUAUUGGAUGAGUGCGUUAUUGGAUGGGACAGCAUAAAUGAACCAGGGGAAGGGUUUUGUGGCUACGAUGACCUCAAUGCCGUUCCGGAGGAACAAGGUUCAACACUCAGAAAAGGAUCCCGACCAACACCCGCACAGUCCUUACGUCUUGGCAUGGGUCAAGUACAGACUGUCGAACACUGGACAUUUGGCGCCUUUGGGCCCAAGUGCGACGGCAUGGUGACUGUUGAUCCUAAAGGCCAUAAAAUAUGGCUUGACCCAGACGCGGAGGAUAAUGGCAUCAACAGACGGUGGGGAUGGAAACGUGAUCCAGGGUGGAAACUUGGUGUUUGUAUCUGGGCCCAGCACGGCGUUUGGGACGUCGAAUCGGGAUACAUACUUCAGCCUGAGUAUUUCCGAUGUCCUCCCUUUGACCCAGAACGGCCUGUCGUAUUUGAAGCGGAUUACUGGAGACCCCACUGGCGCGCAUAUUCUGCGCGCAUACGUGCUGCGCAUCCGGAAACGAUCCAUUUCUUACAUCCACCUGUGUUUGCAGAACCGCCACCGCUGGACGGACCGGAUGACCUGUGCGGGCGGUGCUGUUACUCAGCACAUUACUACGAUGGGCUUACGCUUGUCACGCGACAUUGGAACUGGUUCAAUGCCGAUGCGUUGGGCGUGUUGCGAGGGAAAUAUAAGGCGACUUGGAUGGCUGCGAAGAUUGGCGAGCGUGCUAUUCGGAAGUCUUUACAGGAACAAUUAGGUAUCCUGAGAAAGGAUGCGGAGAUCCUUGGUGCUUAUCCGACGAUGAUCGGAGAAAUAGGCACACCCUUUGACAUGGAUGGGAAGCGUUCGUACGGCUGGACGGACGGUGGCAAAUACGCGGGUGACUACUCUUCCCAGCAAAAGGCUCUUGACGCUAGUCUCAAUGCUGCGGAUGGUCCAAAUGGACUUAAUUAUUCUAUCUGGACGUAUUGUCCCGACAGUUGCCAUGAAUGGGGCGACCUCUGGAACAUGGAAGAUCUCAGCUUAUGGUCGGAGGACGAUUUGCAACCGGUACCAAAUUCAAGUGGCUAUCGUAUGCGCAACGCGGAUUCGUCGGAGGUCGGACUUCUGCGCAAGAAGACGACAGAUACGAUUGUGCGCGUAAGACAAGUCGCGUCUGCUGUACCUUCGGCAACGGCAUCUGCUGUCUCGCUAGUGACGCUUGGUGGUGCAUCCAUCGCUGCGUCGACGGAUGAUGAAUAUGAUCGGGACAUGAAAUCUCGUCAGGCCGUUGAUACGCUUUCUUCUCGGCCUCAUUGGGCAAACCAAUAUGAUUUCUUAACUGAUGGCGCUCGAGCAGUUCGCGCCUUUGCUCGACCCUAUCCCGCGGCAGUUGUUGGUCUAUCGACAAAUAUCUCGUUCGACAUCCAUAAGGCCGAGUUCAAGCUUACAGUGAAAGUCCGUCCAGAAGAUCGACCCGUCGUAAACUCUGAGCCUUCGUCAUCGGGCUCAAGUUCAUCGGGUGAGGAUGAGCUCGACAAAGAAAGAUUUUCGGAGUUGCCAACCGAGAUCUUUGUCCCGCUUGUACACUAUGCCCGACAAGACAUCGUUUCCCGCUCCCUCAUCGCUUCCUUGCAAAAUGAAAAUUCCACGGACCAGGAUUCAGAGUCGCCAUCGGAUGGCAUUGAAGACCUCGGUUCUAUGACACCCGCGUCUCUUAUGUCCUCACAGACUUUACCCAUGUCCUCGCUGCUUGACGUUGACGUGCGUGUGUCAUCUGGUAAAUGGCGCGUUGAAGGCCAAUAUCUUCGAUGGUGGUACUCCAUCCCGCAGGAGGGCGAACCCGACCUCGAACAUACCAUCCAGAUUACUCGUUCAGGAGGCCCGAUUCGGACCAAAGCCGAGCUUCCUUCGACUAGUCAGUGUAACUCAGGGAGCGGGGGCUCUGGAAGUGGCUUGUGGAACUUUUGCGAGCGAUUAUGUGAAAGGGAUGGAGAUGGCAAAUGUUGUAUUAUGUGACUAUAUCUGGGAUUAGGACCGCUUUUUCUUCCACUUCUGUACAUUUACUGGUCUGGGUAGUUCCUGCAUCAUUUUUUCGGCAUCAUUCUUUAAUUGUAUUUGCGAACGUUUUGCUGUCUUAUCCUGUUCCAUUCUUGUCCUACGUCUCGUCCUGCAUACAAAUUGUCGUACACACAUACAAGUCUUGUACUAUAAAGUAGUAGUAGUAGUUAGUCGCUGCCAUUUCUUGUCAUUAUACCCCGUCAAUUAGAUAAUCGUCUGCUCAGCGCUUGACACUUCUUUGUACAUGUGUACUCUCUUUC